AUGCUCGAGAGUCCUCAGGAUGAGAGUGUAGUAAGAUGGGGCAAUGACGGCGACAGCUUCGUCGUUCUGGAGAAUGAGAAGUUCACCAAGCAUAUUCUGCCGAAACAUUUCAAGCACAGCAACUUCGCCAGCUUCGUUCGCCAGCUCAAUAAAUACGAUUUCCACAAAGUGCGACACAACAAUGAAGAGGUUGGAUCAUCGCCGUACGGCGCUUCGGCUUGGGAGUUUAAACAUCCGGAUUUCAAGAUGAACAAUAAGGAUGCGUUGGAUAACAUCCGUCGAAAGGCCCCUGCACCGAGGAGGGCGAAUGCGCUGGGCGACGAUAUCAUCCCCGCUCAGCAGAUGGAUCUUGUCAACACGCAACUCAUCGCUACACAACAGCAACUCCAACAAUUACAAGAGCGGUACAACGAUCUCAGCAUACACUGUUCUAUGGUCGUCCAAGAAUUGAUCAGUGUGCAGAAGACAGUAACCAACCAUGAGCAUGUUAUGCAGUAUGUGAUGAACUUCCUAAACUCGGUCGAUGCGCAACGGAGACGAGAGAGCAAAAUUGGAAACCCAAAUCCAUUUGGCGCGAGCAACACGAACGGAGGCAUGCCCGAGAGCUUGCCCCAAAUCGAGGAAGAUGCUCCGGCCUCACCAUUGCAACACGCCUCGAAGCUGUUGAGCGAAGUCAAUGCUGACACCAUGCUCAACACUCGUAAUCUGGAACAGAUGAGCCAAGCUCAGAUGAGGAUGAAUGCUACACUGGGAACGCCACCACCAGACUUCGGAGCGCGCAACGGAGCCGGCGCCUCGGCCAGUAAAGGAAACCCGCCCUUGUCAGCAACACCGUCGACGUCAUUGUCAUAUACCGACUUGGAUAAUAUGGUAUAUCCCAUUGGUCAGACUCAGGGUAUCGACCCGAUGUACAGCGAACAUGUACAUAAUAUUCCUUAUCCUAUGCCGCAAAGACCGCCGGAAGGCGCACCACAAGUUCAAGCCGUGCAAGCCGUGCGAAAGAAGAGCACACAAAUUGAUCCCGGUUGGAUUAGACAGCCACAAGUCCUCCUUGUGGAAGACGAUCAGACUUGCAGGCGAAUCGGCGGUAAAUUUCUGGUUGCCUUCCAAUGUCAGCUGGACAGUGCUGUCGAUGGAUUAGAAGCAGUCAACAAGCUCAAUGCUGGCUCAAGAUACGAUAUUAUCUUGAUGGACAUCAUCAUGCCCACCUUAGAUGGUGUCUCCGCAACUCACCUCAUUCGACAGACCGACACAGCUACUCCUAUCAUUGCAAUGACGUCAAACAUCCGCAGCGACGACAUCGCUCUAUACUUCAAUCAUGGCAUGAAUGACGUGCUUCCCAAACCAUUCACUAAGGAAGGUCUUCUGAGCAUGCUCGACAAGCAUCUCAGCCACUUAAAGAAGCACCAUGGAGGAGCCUUGGAUACCAUGGGCCCGCCUUUCAAUUCAAACCCGGUCAAACGCAUUGCGAAAAGCGAGGACUCACCGAGUGCAUCACCCGCUACUAACAGCAACUGGAAUUCUCCUGCCGGCUUGACCGGAACGUCACCCGCCAACAGUCAUCUCAAUGAUGACCCUUUCCUCAAUGCAGCCAACGCCGGAGGAUAUAAUGCUACCGGGCUCUCUUCUGUUCAGCCCCAUAUGUUCCCGCCAGCACCACAAAUACAACUAUCCAUGCCACAGCGAGCUCCUCAGCAGCAACAGCAGCAGCAGCAAUCACAGCAGCAUCGUAGGAACAUAUCAGACAUCUCCGGCGGUCCGAUGGACCUCGCUGGCGAUCCAAAGAGACAACAAAUGUAUGUUCCCGGUCAACAGAUGCCACAGAUGAUGCAACGGCCUCAGCAGUGA